AUGGAGGAGAAUGCGGUGGAGAGCAGCAGCGACGCGGCCCCGCAGGAGGCGCAGGAGGAGCCCACUGAGAGCGGGCUGGGCGUCGGGAGUUCGGACGCCGUGUCGGCGGACAGCACCGACGCCGCCGCGAGGCCCGGGUCCCUCUCCCGCGCCGAUGACUCCGGCGUGGGGCAGAGCUCUGACAGCAGCGGCGUCUCCUUGGAAGAGGUCUCGGAGAGUAGCUCCAGCACAGAUGUCGUUCCCCGGGUUUACCUGCCAGACUCAUCCUCCAUCGCCCAAUCCACCUUGGUCUCCAGUGUCUCCACUGUGAGCCAGUCCAUCAUGGUGUCAGAGUCCCCACAAGUCCUGGUCCACUCCAGUGUGGUCACUGAUGGAGCCACAGUCGUGUCAGACUCCACUGCAUCCACUUCCUCGGACCUGGGCUCUGCCAUUGACAAAAUCAUUGAGUCCACGAUCGGGCCGGACAUCAUCCAGAGCUGCAUCGCCGUGACCAGUGCGGAGGAUGGAGGGGCAGAGACCACCCAGUACCUCAUUCUGCAAGGCCCUGAUGAUGGUGCUCCCAUGGUGUCCCAGGUGGCCACAUCUGCUCUGGCCAAUAGUUUGGUGAUAGAAGCUGUUGCUGAUGGACCUACCUCCACGUGCCUUGAGCAGCCUGGCCCUUCAGGCCCAUCCAAACAGUUGAAAGUGGUGGAGCUGUCCAUAAAGCCAGAGCAGGCUCAAGAGACGGAUGGUGGGGAGGAGCUGGACCAGCCAGACAUGGAGACCCUGGAGGAGAUGAUGGAGGUGGUGGUGGUGCAGCAGUUCAAGUGCAAGAUGUGUCAGUACAAGAGUGUCUCCAAGAAAACACUGAUUAACCACAUGAAAGAACGUCACUUCCAGCCAGUGGGUUCAGCUCUGGCUUUGAAAAAAGGGCGACCACGAAAAGGGGGAGCUGCUCCAAAGACGGAGGAGGAGGAGGCCCCAGAAGAAGAAGAUGAUGAUAUCAUGGAUGCUGGUGCUAUUGAUGACCCUGAAGAGGACAGUGACUACAACCCAGCUGAGGAUGAGCCACGGGGGCGACAGCCCAAGUAUGGCCGCACUGUCCCCACGUCCAGCGAGGAGAGGCCGCGCCGACGCCCAGGGAGACCCCGCAAGCUCCCUCGCCUGGAGAACAUGCCUCAGGAUGUGCCAGAAGGAGGGGAGGUGGAGCCCCUGGUGACGUCCCAAGGCACACCGAGCCAUGAGCUGCAGAACUCGGAGGCAGCCAGUUCCUCUGGCCUGGAGAACGGGACCGGUGAGAGCCUGGCAGAGCCAAGCAUCAGCCAGUCAGACUCCGAGAACAAGGACCCUUCCUCCAACGCGGGUGCUGAGGAGGCAGACGCCGUCCCUCGGCGGCGCGGGCGGCCCUCCCGCCGCUUCCUGGGCAAGAAAUACCGCAAGUACAUGGGGCGCAGGUACUACUACAAGUCCCCCAAGCCCCUGAUGCGGCCGUACCUGUGCUGGAUCUGCGGCUCGCGGUUCCUCACACACGACGAUCUGCGCUUCCACGUCAACUCGCACGAGGCCAACGACCCGCAGCUCUUCAAGUGUCUGCAGUGCAGCUACCGCUCCCGGCGCUGGUCCUCCCUCAAGGAGCACAUGUUCAACCACGUGGGCAGCAAGCCCUACAAGUGUGAGGAGUGCAAUUACACCAGCGUGUACAAGAAGGAUGUCAUCCGCCACUCCACGGUGCACAGCCGGGACAGGAAGAAGAGAGCUGAUCCGCCACCAAAGCUGAACUCCUUCCCGUGCCCCGUCUGCAACCGUGUCUACCCCAUGCAGAAGAGGCUUACGCAGCACAUGAAGACACACAGCACAGAGAAGCCUCACAUGUGUGACAAGUGUGGGAAGUCCUUUAAGAAGCGCUACACCUUCAAGAUGCACCUGCUGACACACAUCCAGGCCAUCGCCAACCGCAGGUUCAAGUGUGAGUUCUGUGACUACGUCUGCGAGGACAAGAAGGUCCUUCUGAACCACCAGCUGUCACACAUGAAUGACAAGCCCUACAAGUGCAGCAUCUGCAAGUAUUCCACCUUCCGGGAGGACUUCCUGGUCUCACACGUGGCAGUCAAGCACACAGGAGGAAAGCCGUUUGCUUGCGAGUUCUGUCACUUCACCACCAAGCACAAGAAGAACCUGCGCCUGCACGUGCAGUGCCGCCACGCAGACUCCUUCGAGGAGUGGGCACAGCGGCACCCCGAGGAGCCGCCCUGCCGCCGCCGCCCCUUCUUCACCCUGCAGCAGAUCGAGGAGCUGAAGCAGCAGCACAGCCAGGUGCAGGCACCAGCUGAGCCGGAGGCCAGCCCACCGGUGAGUGCCGUCACAGGAGCAGAACCCCCUGUCCUCUCACAGAGUUCCCUGGAAGGGGCCACCAUCAUCUAUGAACAAGAUGUGGCUGGAUCAGCAGAGCUGGCCACGCAGACAGCCCUGGAUCUGCUGCUGAACAUGAGCGCCCAGCGAGAGCUGGCCACAGGCUCACUGCAGGUGGCAGUGGUGAAGCCAGAUGACCCGGGAGAGACGCCAGGCCCCUGUGAGCCACAGGCACAGGAGGAGGAGGCAAAGGUGGACUCAAAGGAGCAGCAGCAGCAGAAAUUGGUGAUGCUGCACAUGGCAGAGCCUGGGCAGACACUGGUGCAGGAGGCUUACAGGGAGGCAAGCCUGGGUGGCUCGGAGCUGCAGCAGAUCACCAUCCCCUUUGGCGGGACAGCAGAGUACAGCAUCAUUGCACCCAUCAGUGAGGAGAUCCAGGCCCCUGGCACGCUGUACAGCAGUGAGGAGGAGAGCCCUGUGGAGACCUCCCACGCAGUUGUGGUGAGCGGGGCUGUGAUGACGGAGGAGGCUCUGAAGGACCAUAACAAUCAUUACAUCAUGUCAUCCAGUGUCCCAGGGAGCCAGUUCCAGACUGUGGAGCCCCUCAACGGGGAUGCUGCAGUUCCCUCACCUGUGGAUGGCCAGGAGGCUCAGCCCGCCGGCAUCAAGUGGCCCCUGGUGCAGUGUGUCACCAGGCAGCUCCAGAAGGACUCAUCUUUAUCCCCAGCCUCCGAGGGGCAGGAAGUCUCAUCCCCAAAGAUCAAGUGGCCUGUACUCCAAGGCAUGGCCAAGAAGCUCUCGUGCAAAGUUUCCACAGGCAAGAAGCUCUCGUGCAAGAUUUCCACAGCCAAAAAGUUUUCAUGCAAGAUUUGCACAGCCAUGUUCACAGGGAGAGCGGAGAUGGAGAGUCACAAGAGAGCCCACAUUGGGCCCAGCACCUUCAAGUGUCCCGACUGUAACUUCACUGCCACGCUCUGGCCGGAGGUCCGGAGCCACAUGGUCCAGCACGCCAAUCUCCGGCCACACAAGUGCCCCCACUGCAGCUUUGCCUCCAAGAACAAGAAGGACCUGCGCAGGCACAUGCUGACCCACACCAACGAGAAGCCCUUCGCGUGCCACGUCUGUGGGCAGAGGUUCAACCGUAAUGGGCACCUCAAGUUUCACACACAGCGUUUGCACAGCUCUGAGGGGAAGAGGCCAGGGCCUGCUGCUGCCCAGCAGACCAUCAUCCUGAACAGUGACGAGGACACCCUGGCCACCCUGCACACAGCUCUGCAGGCCGGCCAGGCCGUGCUGGCUCCUGAGAGGCUGCAGCAGGCCCUGGGACAGGAGCACAUCCUUGUCACACAGGAGCAGAGCGUCACCAGCCAGGAGGAGGCAGCCUACAUCCAGGAGAUCACGACUGCAGACGGGCAGACAGUACAGCACUUAGUGACCGCUGACAACCAGGUUCAAUACAUUAUUGCCCAGGAAGGCGUCCCACACUUGCUUCCCCAGGAGUAUGUUGUUGUCCCAGAGGGACAUCACAUCCAGGUACAGGAUGGUCAGAUCACCCACAUACAGUAUGAGCAGGGCAGCCAGUUCCUCCCGGAGUCACAGAUCCAGUACAUGCCCGUGUCACCUGAGCAGCAGCUCGUCACCCAGGCACAGCUGGAAGCAGCGGCACACUCAGCUGUCUCAGCAGUGGCAGAUGCAGCGAUGGCCCAGGCCCAGGGCGUCUUCAGCGCUGAGGCAGCGGCCGAGCAGAUCCAUCAACUGCAGCCGGGCAUCCACUACGACGUGAUCACGCUGGCAGAGUAGCACCGGGCAGGGCUGAGCACCGCACUGGGCAGGGCUGAGCACUGCACUGGGCAGGCGGCCACGCCGGCAGCAGCCCCAGCCAGCAGUUGCCUUAUUGCGUCAGGGCUGCGAGGGACGCGCCCGAGCCGGAGCGGCACAGACAUGGACACGCUGCCGCUCGGCCCUGUGCCAGUGGGGUCCUGUGCAUCCCCCCAGAGACUGCUCAGCAGCUGCAGGGGCAGCCCGUGUGGGGACGGUCUCUUUGCCUGUUGCACUUGAUGAUCUGAAACCCCUUCUCCUGAAUUGUCUGCGUGUGCAGACAUAGAUCGGUGUCUGCUCAGCACACGAGGGUCCUGGGGGAGCCGUGGGGCCGAGCACAGCUGUGUGGUGUGAUGUGAGAGGCGAGGUGUGUGCAGCCACAGCCACGUGCUCCCCACAGCCAUGGGGCCUGUGGUCCCACUGUGCCAGCAGCCGACCCUCCCGUGGCAUCUCCAGCCUGCAGGCAGGCAGCAGGGCUCUGGACUGGAGAAACCUAAGGAGGAGGAGGAGGCAGAGGUGGAAGAUGCUCUAUUUUUCUUCUGAAGAGGGGAUGGACUCUGGUAUUGGUCGUCGGUGGUUGUGGGAGGGGUUCAGCUGUGACAUUCUCAAGCUUUGACUACGCUUAUGAAUAAAAAGGGAUGGAGA